CCAGCAAUAUUUCUUCAUCAUCAGCAGCAGUAGCAGUGACGUUCGUUACCUCGGCCAACAAGGAAGAAAAAAACAUCUUGGCCUCGACCACCACCUUAAUUUGCAGCUAGCGUACGUGCGUCCUCAUGUACGGAUCCAGAUGCAAUGGGACCAUGGACACGCCAAAUGGUUCCAAGGCGGUGACCCUCCUGCUCCGCCUGUCCACGCUGGCGCUGGCGCUCACCUCAGCAGUCGUCAUGGCCACCGCGAGCGAAUGCACCAUCUACGGGCUCGACGGCGCCAAGAACACCGUCACCUUCAAGGACUACCCACCCUUCGUUUACUUGGUAGGGUUCAACAUCACCGCGGGGAUCCUGGAGGCGGUGGCGAUCUACCUGCAGCUCGGCAAGGGUGACGACGAGGAAGAAGGCCCCAAGCUCCCCCGGAUCCUCCUGGUCGUCUUCGACGUGGCCGUGCAGUCGCUGCUCUCUUUGUCGACGGGCGCGGUGUUCGCGGCGGUGGUCGCCUACGGCCCGCGGAUCAGCGCCUGCGCCGGCGCCGCUGGCCUCUUCUGCGAGCAGGUGCACAGGUCCAAGCUCCUCUCGUUCGCCGCGGGCACCUCCGCCGGCCUCGCCGCGGUCGCCAAGGACGUCCCGCUGCCAUUCUCCGUAUGGCCCGCCUCGUCAGACUGAGAAUUUGUCAGUGCAUACGUAUGUAUUCGGCAGCUGCAGUUAGUAGUCCAUAAUCCUUUUUCCUCUUUUUCUCAAUCUUUUCAAUCUCUAUAGUGUCUUCGAGAUGAUGUGAAGCAUAUGAAUGUGCCUCUAAACUGCUUUGUGUCUUCAAAUUUAAUAUUUAUACCAAAUUUUGGGUGGGAGUGCUGCUUGUGUUGAUCCAUUUGGCUAAGCUA